UGCUUCACUUUGGCAACACGUACAUCAUCACCUCUCAAUUCAAGCGUGCGACUUUGGCAGGAAGCGUUCAUGCACUGUUGGUGGACUAAUCCACAGUACUUUUCUGGGCAGUCUCGGUCUGAAGGAUAACCUGAAAUCCGGGUCGAUGCAUGCUUUGGAAGUGUUUGACGAUAUUCCCGACCAGAGCACCGUAUCGUAGAAUGUCUGUUUGAAGGGUUUGCUCAAUGAUGGUGUUUAUGGCCGCGCCCUGAUUGUGUUUGGCGAAAUGCCCUGAAGAAAUGUUGGCCCCUGGAACACGAUGAUAUGGAGCUUCACUAAGUUCUUUGUUUCUUUCGGAAACACCCACCGGGAAAAAAAUGGCUUUCUUCGACGCAACUUAACCCACAAGCCCCUGAUCGAGACCCGACCCAGACCUGCCCAGUCCGUGACCCACCAAAUCCUUGCCCAUCUUCAAUCCGAUCGUCUCUCGAAAGCCGUCUCGGUCCUCUUCGCCUCUCUCGAACCUGUAGAGUACUCGCUCUACGAGCGUCUUUUCCGUCUCUGUUCUGAAAAAACCGCUAUUGUUGAAGCUCGUAAGGUGGAGUCGCACUUGGUGACUUUCUCUCCGUUUCCUCCGGUUUUCCUCUUGAACAGAGCCAUAGAGACUUAUGGGAAGUGUGGGAACGUGGAUGAUGCCCGAGAACUGUUUGAGCAAAUGCCUGAACGAGAUGGUGGGUCUUGGAACGCUGUGAUUACUGCUUGUGCGCAAAAUGGAGUUUCGGAUGAGGUGUUUCGUAUGUUUCGCAGGAUGAAUAGAGAAGGUAUUCGGGGAAAGGAGAAUACUUUUGCAAGUGUUUUGAGAUCAUGCGGUUUGAUUUUGGAUCUGGGUGUCUUGAUGCAGCUACAUGGGGCUGUUAUAAAGAAUGGAUUUUCCGAGAAUGUGAUUUUGAAAACUGCAAUUGUUGAUAUUUAUGGGAAGUGCAAAGUUAUUGGUGAUGCAAGAAGAGUUUUCGAUGAGAUUAAAAGUCCAAGUGAUGUUUCAUGGAAUGUGAUUGUACGGCGGUAUCUCGAGAUAGGUUCUCCCAAGGAGGCGUUGAGAAUCUUCUUCGAAAUGUUAAAAUUGAAUGUCAGACCUUUGAAUCACACGGUUUCUAAUGCAAUUGUAGCUUGUUCGAGAUCCUUGGCCCUUGAUGUCGGAACAGAGAUCCACACUCUUGCUAUCAAAAUCAAUUUUGAAGCAGACGGGAUUGUUUCUACCUCUUUGUUUGAUAUGUAUGCGAAAUGUGGAAAAUUGGAGUGUGCUCGUAGGGUAUUUGACCAGACUCAAUCGAAAGAUUUGAUAUCUUGGACUUGUUUGAUGUCAGGGUAUGCAAUGAGUGGCAAAAUUCGAGAGGCAAGGCAGCUCUUUGAUGAAAUGCCCGACCGGAAUGUAGUCUCAUGGAACGCAAUGCUCGGUGGAUAUGUGCGUGCUGGUGAAUGGGACGAGGCACUUGAUUUUCUCUAUUUGAUGCGGAAAGAAACUGACAACAUUGGUGAUGAUGUCACAGUCGGGCUUGUUGUAAACGUCUGUUCAGGUCUUUCAGAUGUUGAAAUGGGGAAACAGCUACAUGGUUUUAUCUACCGACGUGGUUAUGAUUCCAAUAUAUUCGUAGGCAAUGCUCUUCUCAAUAUGUACGGGAGUUGUGGAGCCUUGCCAAGUGCCAACAUAUGGUUCCACCAAAUGAGCGGAUCAAGGGACGAGAUUUCCUGGAAUGCUCUAUUGACUAGCUAUGCUCGACUUGGUCGGAGUGAGCAAGCCAUAUCUUUCUUUGAAGGGAUGCUAAUGGAGGCAAAACCAAGCAAGUUUACAUUCGCAACACUCCUAGCCGGGUGUGCAAACAUUUCAACUCCGAAACUAGGUAAAGGAAUACACGGGUUCUUGAUUAGGAACGGAUACGAUAUAGACACUGUGGUAGCCGGGGCUAUGGUUGACAUGUACUCCAAAUGCCGAUGCCUCGACUAUGCCCUCCGGGUAUUCAAAGAGGCAAAUUUCCGGGAUUUGGUUCUAUGGAAUACUAUGAUCCUUGGAUGUAUUCAUAAUGGCAGAAGCAGAGAGGUGGUUGAGUUGAUCAUGAUGAUGGAAGAUGAAGGAAUCAAACCAGACAAUGUCACCAUUCAAGGUAUAUUGCGAGCAUGCAUACACGAGGGCCAUGUAGAAAUGGGCCGACACUAUUUCAAUUCAAUGAGCUCUAGAUAUCAUGUAAUACCUCAGGUGGAGCAUUACCAUUACAUGGUCGAGCUCUACUGUAAGUAUGGAUGCAUGGAUGAGCUUGAGGAUUUUCUUAGGGUGAUGCCUUUCGAUCCAACCUUACAAAUGUUGGAAAAGAUUUCCGAUGCUUCCCUAGAAUACGGGUUUUCUAGGUUAGGAAAAUGGGCAUCGGAACGACUAAGGAAUCAUCGCAUUCGGCCACCUGAAAGCCAGCCUCGAGCCGAGAUUCAUCAUGUUGUGCUUUCACUGAUGAACAUUUCCGGGUAUGUUGUGAAAGCAGCCGGAUUUUGUAAUAUUAAGAAUGGAUAUUUCGGGUUUUGGUUUUGGUUUGAUUCGGUUUAAGAAAAAUUAUAUAUAAACCGGUUCCGGAGUGAAAUCUAGGGAUGCUUUAGGAGAUGGGAUUUUCUCUUUGCCAUUGUAUUCUUUAACUUGAGGAAAUGAAUAAAGGUCGCAAUGUACAUCUUUUGCU